AACUUUGACGGAGAGAUCUGCGCUUGUAUUAAGGACAUUUAGGCUUUUUGAACCUAUUUCAACAUUCAUAAAGACCGUUGGCACCAUUUGAACAUCUUCAGGCUAACCAAUUCUUCGGCUUCUGUGGGCCUCAAAACAUGACGACAACGUUUCACUCACUCUUUCACUCUGCUCGCGAGUACCUGAAUCCUAUACUCAAAACAUCGAAAUUCAAAGAAACGGGAGUUUUAACUCCCGAAGAAUUUAUCUUGGCAGGCGAUUUCCUGGUGUACAAGUGUCCCACGUGGUCGUGGGCUGCUGGCGAGCCGUCCAAACGCCGCGACUACCUCCCGGCAGAUAAGCAAUACCUUAUAACCCGUAAUGUCCCCUCUCUGCAACGUGUAAAGGAGUAUGGCGAGGUGGCCAAUGAAGACGAAAUGGAAGUCGAGGGCGAGGGGGAUUUUGGAUGGGUGGCGACCCAUUCCAAUAGAGAUGGAAAAGCGGCUGGCGAGGACCAAUUAGUGAUAGGCGAGAUUGAAGAAGGGGAGCAAGAUGAUGUGAAUGCGGAGGUUGUGAACGACCAGAUGAAACAUUUGCGAAUAGAUGACGUUCACAAGGGUACCGCAGCACCGGUUCCGGAUGCGGUUAAUGCAGAGACUGAGGAAAUCCCAGACUUUGAUGACAUCCCAGAUAUGGACGAAGAAGAUGGGAUGGGUGUGGUGGAGGAGGAGGACCCGGCGGCAUUGCCAACUUCUGCAGAAGUAAGAAGAGCACCCGAGAACCACAAUACAGGAUCUGGACCAAAUGAUAAGAUUCUAAAAACACGAACUUAUGACCUCUCAAUAACCUAUGACAAAUAUUACCAAACGCCACGCGUCUGGCUGUUUGGGUACGACGAACAACGGCGGCCACUUACCUCUAGCCAAAUAUUUGAAGACAUUUCCCAGGACCACGCGCAAAAGACCGUUACAAUCGAACCUCACCCGCACGAGCUUGUUUCUAUGGCCUCCAUCCACCCUUGCAAACAUGCCAAUGUAAUGAAAAAAAUCAUUGAUCGGCUUGUCGACAGCGGGGCCGAGGAAGGUGGCAAGGAGCUUCGUGUGGACCAGUACCUGAUGUUGUUUUUAAAGUUUGUCGCAAGCGUGUUGCCCACGAUUGAGUACGAUUAUACCACUUCGAUGGAAGCCUAAUGAGGUCGACGUUCGUCAACGUUCUGUUACCACUUUGAAAUGGACCAGACUCCUCCUCUCUAGUCUCCGAAUUGGGCGUAGACAUACUCUAUUUCUUCUCUGGAAACAUUAAUACAGAAGUCCAUUGUUUAUUGUGCUAAUUAUUACUGAGUCCGUGGC